AUGGAACGACUAACUGAACUGCCCAAACAAACAAUUCGUUCUCGGCUAACUACGAUGCUGCCAGAGAUAAAAGAUUCUGCGAAUGGUGGCAGCAGUGGCAGAGAGGGCACCGUCUCCUGCAGCAGCGGCAAUAAUAACAGCAACGAACGCAUCCACUCAUCCACCUUCAUCACACCAUCAACUCACCACAUCCACUCCUACCACCACUUUACAGCUGCUAUCGCACACCAUCCUCACCCACCCACCACCACACCUCCAUUGACAAUUAACGAUGACGCCUUCACCAUCACUUCAUCCAAAUCACUCCCAUUCAGUGACGUGUUUUCAAGCAUCAUCCAACCGUACCACAUUUUCGUUGACUCACUCCACGACUUCCCACUCAAGUCCACCCUCACCAAACGCCUUUGUCCUCUUGUCACCUGCUACACUCGCGAUGCUGCUGUGAGCCUCCAUUCCGUUGCUGAAGCUGAUGAAGUGCAUUUCGCCCAACUCUACCUGAUCUUUGCUGGUGGACAACACACGCAACCAAUUCACCGCUACCUCCAGCCACCUCCUCCUCGCCACUAG